AUGACCGACACAAAUGUCGAGGCUGCCAAACGUGCGGCUGCACAACAGGCCGUAGCGGACCACUUCGAUCCGGCAGCCACCCACGUUGGAAUUGGAUCCGGCACCACCAUUGUCUACGUCGUCGAGGCUAUUAAGCAGCGAUCGACCAACCCCAACAUUCUCUUCGUCCCUACCGGCUUCCAAUCACGCCAACUGGUCGUUAAUGCCGGCCUCACUGCCAUCUCCUUUGACAGUCUCCCCGACCACGUCAUGCUCGACGUAGCAUUUGACGGCGCCGACGAAGUCGACGCAGAGCUCAACUGCAUAAAAGGAGGAGGCGCGUGUCUGUUCCAGGAGAAGCUAGUCGCUGAGCGCGCCAGAAAAUUUGUUUGUGUCGCAGACUACAGAAAAAGACAGGACCGUCUCUUGACAAACUGGCCCACCAUCCCUAUCGAGGUCGCCCCCCUGUCUCAGCUCAAGGUCGCCGGUGCACUGAGGAUGCUGGGAUCAACAGGUCCUAAACUAAGGACGACGCUACUGGAGAAAUCAGGACCCCUGAAGACGGACCAGGACUUUUACAUCAUUGAUGCGCCUUUUCCCCCAUUGCUUACAUCCUCGGAUGUAGCAGCGGGUAAAGGAAAGGGUGAUGGCACGGACGGUACGUGGGAGGUCAAUACCCUCAGCAGGGCCAUCAAGGGCCUCACCGGUGUCCUCGAGGUUGGUAUUUUCUCGGGCCUGAAUGGCAUCGAUGCACAGGCGCUACGUGAGCAGGAUCAAAGCACAAAGACUGUCCGCGGGGGCCAGAAGCCCGUCGCCGUCUACUUUGGUAUGCAAGAUGGAAGCAUCAAGGUGCGCACUAUCGAGGGUGAGACAUAA